UCAAGUGUAUGUAAAACAAAUGGGGUUGAUAUAAAUCUCUGUAACAGUUGGAAUAGAGAAACUUGGAGAAAUAAGAAAUUAACGCAUCAACCCUUAUAUGCUGAUACUAAUGAAGUAAACUCAAUAUUAAACUCUAUAUCCCGCUUACCUUCACUCGUCUAUGAGGAGGAAGUUGAUCGUCUAAAACACUUUUUAGCAAAAGCCACCGAAGGAAAAAAUUUUAUUUUACAAGCUGGGGAGUGCGCUGAGCUUUUUUCACACUGCAGUCAAAGUGAAAUAGAAAAAAAACUCAACAAAUAUAUUGAAAAGUUUGCAAAACCGAGAAGUUCAACUUAUGAAAAAGUUAAUGGAAAACUUAUUGAAACAUACAAGGGUGAGUUAAUAAACGGACAAGAUCCAAACGCUCGGGCACCCGAUCCAAAUCGGCUAAUAUUAGGCUACUGGAAUUCUGCUGCAGCUCUAAACUAUAUAAGAUCCUUUUUGUCUGCGAACUAUUCAAAAUUAGUCAUGUCCACUCAUUAUGAGGAAUUUGUUCCUGUGGAGUUUUUCACCUCUCACGAAGGUUUACAUUUAAGCUAUGAAGAAGCACUCACUAGGAAGGUAGAGAAAAGCGGUCUUUUUUAUAAUUUGGGCGCUCAUUUCUUGUGGAUCGGCUAUCGUACCACAUGCAAAGAGGGAGCUCAUGUGGAGUACUUCCGUGGAAUAGCCAAUCCGAUCGGCAUAAAAGUGGGGCCUGGCCUAUCUGGGCAAGAUUUAGUAGACCUUCUAAAAGUUUUAGAUCCAGAGAAGAUUCCCGGAAAAAUUACGCUCAUUACUCGAUUCGGCGCACAGAAGAUAUAUGAUUGGUUGCCCGCCCACAUUCGGGCAGUGCAAAAAGCCCGCCACAAGGUCGUAUGGCUUUCCGACCCGAUGCACGGAAAUACUGAAAUAAGUAAGAAUUUUAUCAAAAAAAGAAAUUAUGACAAUAUUUUAUCGGAACUGCAAUCUGCUUUUAAAAUACACAGAAAUGAAGGACAAGAACUAAACGGCGUGCACUUGGAGCUUACUGGAGACAAUGUUACAGAAUGCACAGGAGGACCUGAUAAUAUAGUCGAUAGUGAACUAUUAAAUAAUUAUACGACCGCCUGCGAUCCUCGUUUGAACAAGUCACAAAGCUUAGAAAUCGUUCGUCACGUGGCCCAAUUGUUGCGAGGGAAAUCUUCCUGACUACGAAGUUUAAAAAAAAAACUUUUAUUAUGUUAUAGACUU